GACAGUCCACUUAAAUGCAGUUCCAGGGUUGCAGGACGCCCACCAGCAUCACUCCCCGUGCGAGGUGGCAAAUACAACAUGCUCUCCAGCUUGGGGUGUCUACUUCUCUGUGGAAGUAUUGCACUAGCCCUGGGAAAUGCACAGAAAUUGCCAAAAGGUAAAAGGCCAAGCCUGAAAGUCCACAUCAAUACCACAAGCGACUCUAUCCUCUUGAAGUUCCUACGUCCAAAUCCAAAUGUAAAACUAGAAGGUUUUCUCCUGGGAUAUGGCAGCAACUUGUCACCAAACCAGUACUUCCCUCUUCCAGCGGAAGGGAAGUUCACGGAGGCUGUGGUCGAUGCGGAGCCUAAAUAUCUGAUUGUUGUGCGGCCUGCUCCUCCUCCAAGUCGAAAGAAGUCAUGCUCAGGUAAAGCGCGCUCCCGCAAACCUCUGCAGCUGGUGGUUGGCACUCUGACACCAAGCUCCGUGUUCCUGUCUUGGGGUUUCCUCAUUAACCCACACCAUGACUGGACGUUACCAAGUCACUGUCCCAAUGACAGAUACUAUACAAUUCGCUAUAGAGAAAAGGAUAAGGAAAAGAAAUGGGUUUUUCAACUCUGUCCGGCCACUGAGACAAUUGUGGAAAAUCUAAAACCCAACACAGUUUAUGAAUUUGGAGUGAAAGACAAUGGAGAAGGUGGAAUUUGGAGUAAGAUUUUCAAUCACAAGACUGUUGUUGGCAGUAAAAAAGUAAAUGGGAAAAUCCAAAGCACUUAUGACCAAGUCCACACAGUGCCAGCAUAUGUCCCAAGGAAGCUAAUCCCAAUAACCAUCAUCAAACAAGUGAUUCAGAAUGUUACUCACAGGGCUUCAACUAAAUCCCCAGAUAAGACUCCUUUUGGAGGAACAAUAUUAGUCCAUCUUAUUAUUCCAGGCCUUAAUGAAACCACUGUGAAACUUCCUACGUCCAUUAUGCUUGAGAUUUCGGAUGCAAUCAAGACACAGUUAGCUAAGAAUGAAACGUUGGCAUUACCUGCUGAAUCUAAAACACCAGAGGUAGAAAAAAUCCCAGCACAACCCGUAACAGUGACUGCUGAGUCAGUGCCAAGGACCACGAAACCCACUGUGUCUAGCGCAUUAGAAUUUUCAGAAAAAACACUGGUUCUCAGCGAAAGGACCCCGGAAACCCUGCAAACUAUUCUAAUACCUAGGUUUGAAUUGCCACUGAGCACUCUAGCUCCAAAAAGGCUUCCAGAAUUUCCUCAGGCAAACACACCCUUUCCCUUUGAGAAGCCUGAGGGCACUCUGGCUUCGAGUGAAAAGCCAUGGAUUGUGCCUACAAGUAAAACAUCUGAAGAUUCCAAACUUCUCCCACCUCAAACUGCCGCUUACGAUGUUUUCUCAAGCCCUGCGACAUCAGAUGAGCCUGAAAUGUCAGAACCCCACACAGCAACAAGUGAUCCAUUUCUGGACUCUGUCCCACCUAAAACUUCUAGAACUCUUGAACAGCCAAGGGCAACACUGGCUCCAAGUGAAACACCAUUUGUCCCUCAAAAACUGGAAAUCUUUACCAGUCCUGCAAUGCCACCUACAACAUCUGCUGCCCAGCAAACUACAUCUAUCCCUUCUACACCUAAACGACGCAUCAGGCCCAAACCACCAAGAACCAAACCUGAAAGAACCACAAGUCCUGGAACAAUUACACCUAAAAUUCCUAAAAGCCCUGAACCUACAUGGACAACGCUGGCUCCCAGUAAAACACAAUUUAUUUCUUUGAAACCUAAAAUUCCUCUCACCCCAGAAGGGACACCCACCAAACCUGCUCCACCAAAGACCAAACGACCAGGUCGUCGCCCCCGCCCUAAAACCACACCUAGUCCAGAUGUGCCCAAGUCCAAACCUGCUCUGGAACCUGCUACAGUACCUCUGGAGCUCUUGGUGCCCACAAUCGCAUCAAAACCAUCCAAAAGACCUAAAACCACACAUAGACCAGAUGCAUCUCAAAUCCAGCCUGUCUUUAAGCCUGUUACAUUUGAGACGGAAGCUCCCUCUCCAACCAUAGUUCCUGCCACAGACCUUGAACCUGUAACUCUGAGAACUGAGACUUCCACGACAACGUUAGCUCCAAAAACAUCACAACGACCAAGAACACGCCGUCCACGUCCCAAACAUAAAACCACACCGAGCCCAGCUGCAUCUCAGAGCAAACUAGCUACAACAACAAAGAGACCUCGUCAUCCACGCCCCAAAGCUAAAACCACAUCCCAUCCAGAAGUACCUCAGACCAAACUGGUUAUACUUAGAACGGAGGCUCCAGUGACCACACUAGUUCCUGUUACAGACCUUGAACCUAUUACUCUUAGAACUGAGACAUCUGGGACAAAAUUAGCUACUAAAACAUCACAAAGACCCCGUCGUCCACGUCCCAGACCUAAAACCACACCAAGCCUUCAAGUACCUCAGACCAAAUCCGUUCCUGCUACAGUUCUUGAACCUGAGGCCCCAGGAACAACAUUAGCCUCUGAAACAUCACAACAGACACGUCGUCCACGUCCCAGACCAAAAACCACACCAAGUCUUGAAGCUUCUGAGUUCAAACCAGUUCCUACUGCAGACCUUGAACCUGUUGUGUUCAGAACUGAGACAUGGGUAACAACACAAGCUCCUAAAACAUCAAAACGGACCCGUCGUCCACAUCCCAAACAUAAAACUACACCAACUUCUGAAGCACCUCAAACAAAACUGGUUCCUACUACAGAUUUUGAACCUGGCCCUCUUAGAACUAAAGCUCCAGAAAUCGUGGUUCUUCCUACAGCCCUUGAACCCGUCACUCUUAGAACCAAGGCUCCAGAAACAUUAGCUCCUAAAACAGUACAACGAACCCGUCGUCCACGUCCCAGACCUAAAACCACAUCAAGCCCUGAGACACCUCAGACCAAACAGGUUCCUGCUACAAGCUUUGAACCUGUUAUUCAUAGUUCUGAGGCUCCAGAAACAACAUUAGCUCCCACUGAACUGCAAACUCUUAUUUUGAAACCAGUGACAUCACCAAGCCUAGAAAUGACACAGAGUCAACCUGUUUCUGAAGUCCUGGAAUCGGUUACAUUAAGCACUGAGUCAUCAAAGGAAGCUCUAGCACCAACUGUAACAGAUUAUCUGUACCCCUCUGCCAAAGCACCACUCAGUCCAGAGGAACCAAAGACUGGAGGUGGUAAAGUUGUGGAAUCUAUUACAAAUGUGUCUGAACCACCCGAGACCACGCUAGAGACAUCUCCUCUGCCUUCCCAAACUAUAAUCCUACCCAGCCCAGAUGAGCCUUCGACCGAGCCGGGUAAAUAUUAUUUUGUAUUUCAUGUAGAAGCUCCCAAGCAGACACCGCGUGCUCCUCCCAAACCAAAAACAUCUCCACGUCCAAGAAUCCCACAAACACAGCCAGCCCUCAAGGUGUCCCAGCAUGUUACUUCAAAGCCAAAAGCAUUACCAAGUCCAGAAGUAUCAUAUACUCCACCUGUUCCAAGAGAUGUGCUCCUUCCCCCUAAACCAGACCCUGAAGUCUCCCAGAGCGAGCCUGUUCUGCAACCUGUUACCUUUAGAAUUGAUCCACCAGAGACAACAAUAGCUCCUUUAGAGACACGAGGCAGCCCUUUCAUACCCAUGAUUCCACCAAGUACUACUAGUGAAGAGGAACUGCAAGCCACUCUGGCAGAAACAGACCAAUCCACCCAAGGAUUCUUCACAACUAAGAUUCCGCUAACAACUGAAUUGGCAAAGACAACUCAGGCACCACACAGAUUGUAUACUACUCCUGUGAGGCCCAGAAUACCGGACAAAGCACACAUCAGACCCAUUCUGAAUAAGACAACUAUAAGACCUAGUAGACUCAAACCCAGUAGGACUCCCAAAGAGAAUGGAAUGGGAACAGGGGUCAAGCAAGCACCAAAGCCAUCAAGUGCUGGUAAAAAUAUGUCAGUGGACUCUACCCACUCCACCAAAAAACCAGCCGCAGUCCCAGGCACUCGCCGCCCACCCUUGCCACCUAGACCUGUGCCCCCACGAAGAAAACCUUUACCACCAAAUAAUGUCACUGGCAAGCCAGGAAGUGCAGGAAUCAUUUCAUCAGGCCGAGUAACUUCUCCACCCCUGAGGGCCACACUUAGGCCUACUGAAGCCCCUUCAGAAAGAACAGAGACAGAUGAAAAGCAACCAACAGCUCCUGCCUCAGGAGAAGAUCUUGGUAAUAUAACUGACUUUAGCUCAAGUCCAACAAGAGAAACUGAUCCUCUUGGGAAGCCCAGAUUCAAAGGUCCUCAUGUGCGAUACAUCCAAAAACCUGACAACAGACCCUGCUCCAUCACUGAUUCUGUCAAACGGUUCCCCAAAGAGGAUGCCACCGAGGGGAAUGCCACCAGCCCACCGCAGAACCCACCUACCAACCUCACUGUGGUCACUGUGGAAGGAUGUCCCUCAUUUGUCAUCCUGGACUGGGAUAAGCCACUAAAUGAUACCGUCACUGAAUAUGAAGUUAUAUCCAGAGAAAAUGGGUCAUUCAGUGGGAAGAACAAGUCCAUACAAAUUACAAAUCAAACCUUCUCCACAGUAGAAAAUCUAAAACCAGAUACAAGCUAUGAAUUCCAGGUGAAACCCAAAAACCCACUUGGAGAAGGCCCACCCAGCAACACAGUGGCAUUCAGUACUGAAUCAGCGGACCCAAGAGUGAGCGAGCCAGUUUCUGCAGGGAGAGAUGCCAUCUGGACUGAAAGACCCUUUAACUCAGACUCUUACUCAGAAUGUAAGGGCAAACAGUAUGUCAAACGGACGUGGUAUAAAAAAUUUGUAGGGGUGCAGCUGUGCAACUCUCUCCGAUACAAGAUUUAUCUGAGUGACUCCCUCACAGGAAAAUUUUAUAACAUAGGCGAUCAGAGAGGCCAUGGAGAAGACCACUGCCAGUUUGUGGACUCGUUUUUAGAUGGACGCACAGGACAGCAACUCAGUUCUGACCAGUUACCCACCAAAGAAGGCUAUUUCAGAGCAGUUCGUCAGGAACCUGUCCAAUUUGGAGAAAUAGGUGGUCACACCCAAAUCAAUUAUGUCCAGUGGUAUGAAUGUGGGACCACAAUUCCUGGAAAAUGGUAGAUGCUGCAAUCAGGAUCAAAAGUGCCUUCUGUUUAUCAUGGCAAAAAAAAUAAUUGGAAGCACUAUAGUAUUUGUCACAUUCAUUUAAAGCUGUUAUGUUUACUAUGUAUUAAAGUUUAAUAGCCAUAGUAGAUGUUUAUUAGAAAUGUUGCUGAGAAUAUUUAUCAGGUUUUACAAAAUCCUUUUAAGAAAACAAGAUAUUGACAUUAACAGGAUAACAUUUUUAGGGAAGCUGGCUCCCUAUCCAUGGUAUUUUAAGAGAUCAUUUGUAUAUUAUUUAUCACUGUUGUAAUGAUGUUUUGAGAUACUUUUAUAACAAAUUUAACAUCAAAAACUAAUAUACUUUUAAAAAAAUAUUUUAUUAAAGUGUAUUCUUACUGGUGAGUUAAUUCCAUAAAUCUCAACUUGGUUUAACUUAUUAGAUCAAAUUAUCUGAGCAUUUGUAUCUGGGGGAAAAAAGGUCCUAAUAUUCAUGUUUAUAUAAACUUCAAAUUUUUAGCAAUAGCUAAAUAGCUUUCCUGACGCAUUUCAAUCAAUAGUUAACCAUUCAUGCCGAUACACAUUUCCUUAAAUCUUUGCAAAUUACUGAAAACUGUUAGAAUAUCUGAUCUACUCAAUUUCAAAAUACACAUUUUGUUCUUUCUCUACCCAUAAAUAUGUUACAAUGUCUGAAUGUACUUUAUCAAACUAUCCCUUUAAGCAGGGAUUUGUCUUCAUACUGUUGUUAAUAGAAUUCUAAUGAAGCUGUACAUAGAGACUGAAUGUGAAGUCUGAGCACAAGAAGUAAUGCAUGACAUCCCUACCACUUUACAGGCCAUGUACUGUUUUUAGACCUCUAGGAAUGAAUGUAUCAGAGAAUGUUUUCAUAAUUCUGUCUAACUCAACUUGUAAUGAAAAUCUCAUUUAUUUUUAAAAAAAAAGUCCUUCAUUUGCGGAGGGACAUGGGAAUGCUGCAUUGUUGCCCUCUUUCUGAAAGGACCUUUCCUCUGCUUCAACAUGCUUCAAGUUUAUCGAUGCUACAUUUUGUAUUUUUCAAGCAAGUAUAAACUCUGCAAUAAAGAGAUGUAGUUUUUUUAAGACUGAGUUCUUCAUUUCUCAAUGAUUCAUCUCUAAGUUAUUAGGAUCUACCCAACCCCCCCCAUAUCUGUUGUGUUUUUAUGUAAUGUUAAUUUGUCUUCCUCUGAAAUCUAUUUUUAAAAAGUUUCAUUGUUUUAAACCAAUGAUAGAUUAAAUGCAUUUC